AAGUAAAUCUUGCACCCAUUCAUCAAGAGUAGGCCUACUCACAAGUAAGGGAGAGAUCUGUUUAUAAGGUUGGGGUGCUCCUUGUGAGCAAGGAUGCACUGUCUGCUCACAAGUCUGAGAGGCUACCUAUGAGUAAGGUUGAGGGUCUACUUGCAAAAAAGGAUGCAAGGUUUUCUAAUGAGUAAGGGUUAUAUCUACUCAUGAGUAAAGAUUCCAAGACCUGCUAGAAUACAUAGCAUUUGGGAAAAGAAUUGUGCCUUUUAGAGAUUCAUUCAAUGGUUUUCUGUUUGUAGGAAUCUGUAGGAAGUUAUUGUUGCUGGUUGAGGACCUGUUCAGUUUCUGGUUGGAUACUUACUAUACUGUAGCAUUCUGGUGAAACACUGUGCUUUGUAAAAAGGCAUUAAGCAAAAAACUUAUCGGAGGCAUCUCUAGCGAGUGAUAGGAGAAGCUGCACCUGUUGAAUUUUCUGCAUAGAUGCAUCCCAACUGAAUCUCAGGCUAAAAGGCCCAGGCAAAGAGCCAGAAUAAUACAAGAUUAAUCUUCUGAAGGGAAGCUAUGGGAAAGGGGGACUGAUCCUACCCUAAGCUAUUAAAUAAGUGUGGUAACUUAAUAUGAAGUGAAAUGGUACCAGCCAGGGGUACAGAAAUAUGGGAAUCUGUGAAUUGUCUAUGAAAUGGAAUUGGCAGACAAAUCUCUGAUUAAAAAGUGGGGUAGGGGAACCCUGUACUUGUGUACACAGGCUCCCAGGAGUGUGCCUGGCUGCAAGCCUUGGUGUUAAUGCGCUCAGAAGCCCCACCCAAGCUGAACAUGAUGCUUAUGGUGUUUGUGUGAAGAGAGUCUGUCGCAGGCUGAAAUGCACUCAACGUUUGUCUAGCUGAACUCAUGGUUGAUGUCAAUUUCAGCUGAGACUGCUGUGAGUCCCAUGGUGGAACUUGUCUUCUCCAUCUUUGGCCCCGGCAAAGUUAAUGGCAGGCCGUGAUGGGUGUAGACUUAUGGAGUAUGUUUUCUUUCAGUAAUUCACAGAAAACCGAUGUAUUUCCAUCAUGCCUUUUUGAGAAAAGAUUGCAAAACAAGCACUUUCGCACCAAUCCAAGGACCCUGACCUUGUGUUUUGUUUGCGCACAUAUAAAUGCAGCCACUGGAACGAACUCUAUUCUCUCCUGGAGCGGUGAGAAGCUGUAUGAAGCAGCUGCUAGAGAAUGCCUUAUUUUCCGUGAGAAAGAUAACGGGGGUGCCUAUUUCUGUCUCCCCCAGGUUGCUCCCUUUGCUGCUAAACAACUUAUUGACAUAUUUCUCCUGGAGCAUUUGAUAGGGAAGAUGAGUUUUCAGGGCCCAAGGCUUUCUGGGAAGGAGCACUCGAGCAUGGCGUUAGAUAGUUUGAUGCUCAAUAUUCUCCUCGGGCAAUUCCUUAGCAUUCAGCAGCAGCAGCAGCAAACUACCUGUAAAAACAGUCCCCUGGGAGAUUUCUAUUUGAAAGCUUUUACCGAGGUGGCUCUAGAUGUUAUCUUGGCAGAGUUGAAUAAAGUGGCAGAGGAAGACAUGGAAGAUCUGCUGGAAUAUGAAAGAGAAGUUAAGGAUCAAGAGUAUUAACAGAAGCCUCUAGAAGAGAGAAAAAGAGCCUGUGAAUAACUUGGGAGGUUUGGCAUGCCCAUGUUUAGUUUCAGUGCAAAUAAAGUAGUGCUCAUCUUC